GCGCGCUGCAGAGCUUUCAGAGAACUUGGAUAUUUCUACUGACAACCCUGGUAGUCACCCGGAGAAAGGACGAUGGUACAAGCUAAGACCUGGAUUCUUCGUCAGCACUUUGAGGGGUUCCCCAAACCUAGCGACUUCGAGCUUAAACAAGAGGAACUGCCUGAACCCAAAGAUGGAGAGGUACUCCUGGAGGCAGUCUUCCUUAGUGUGGAUCCCUACAUGCGGCCUUUCAGUCGUGUGGUCAUGAAGGGUGGGGACGUGAUGAUUGGAACUCAGGUGGCAAAAGUGAUUCAGAGCAAGAACUCGGCCUUCCCCGUCGGGUGUCACGUCGUUAGCCAGUGCGGGUGGAGGACGCACUCUGUGUCAGAUGGUACCGGUCUCACGCGGGUCCUCUCUGACUGGCCGCAAGACGUCCCUCUUUCCCUGGCAUUAGGAGCCAUUGGGAUGCCUGGAUUGACUGCUCUUUAUGGAUUAGAGGAAGUUCUCCAGAUCAAGGCAGGUGAGACUCUACUUGUCAAUGCUGCGGCCGGAGCAGUUGGUUCAGUGGUCGGGCAGCUUGCUAAGAUCAAAGGCUGUAAGGUGGUUGGGUCAGCUGGGAGUGAUGCUAAGGUGGCCUACCUGAAAGAGCUGGGCUUUGACGAGGCCUUUAACUACAAAACCGUCUCAUCACUGGAGGAGGCUCUCAAGGCUGCCUCUCCUGAUGGAUACGACUGCUACUUUGAGAAUGUUGGCGGCCCGUUUUCCACCGCGGCGAUAGAACAGAUGAAGCAGUUUGGACGGAUUGCAGUGUGCGGGGGAAUAUCUAUGUACAAUGACGUCACUCCUCAGACAGGUCCGUAUUUCCAGCUGCCUAUGAUCUUUAAGCAGCUGAAAAUGGAAGGGUUUAUGAGCGUCAGGUGGGCACACAAGGAUGAAGAAUCACUGAAGAGGCUGAUGGGUUUGGUGAAGGAGGGAAAACUGAAGUGUAAUGAACAUGUCACCGCUGGCUUUGACAACAUGCCAACGGCCUUCAUGGGGUUGCUGAAAGGAGACAAUGUCGGGAAGGCCAUCGUUAAAGUUUAAUUUUUCAUUUGCACUUGAAUUUGUUGGGGUUUUUUUUUUUUGGGAAGGUAAAUUCGUAAACAUGUGACACUCCACUCCAGUGCUUCACAAGGCACUAACGCCGGUGAGAUGCGUCGGUGGGAACAUAUGCUCCCCUGUUUGUAACAUCAGUUAGAGUCCCUCCGCCCACUGUGCUCAGCUCUGGCCAAUUACGGUCAUCUGCCUGUGUGAUCAGGGGUGGAGUCAAGUGAAUAGUGCUUUUCUCCAAAGCGUGUUAUUUCUAUUGCUGUUACUAACCAGCCCAUACUGUGAAAAAAAAAAAAGAUUUAUUAGAUGAGCAUGUGAUAACAUGUGUUUUCAUCAUUUAGAUUUUUCCUCUCUCACCGUGACUAAGGUGAUUUGUAUUCAAGUGGGAGAUGUAUGAAUUU